AAGGAUGAUGGAGGGUGAAGAAGAUGGACAUGUGUUCGUUCAUGGUUGGCUACUUUUUACUCUCUAUUCCAACCUUUCGAACUCAAAGGUUUCAUUUUUUUAUUUAUUAAAGAAGAAAAAAUGAAACUGGUUCCUUCUCUCAGCCAUCUGUAGCUUAUCUCUCCCUCCUUCCUUCCAUUUUCUGGUGAAUCCACCUCUUUAGGCUCAUCCCUAUAUCUUCCUCUCUAAUCCUCACUUCCUCCAAACCUUCUUCGCGUACCUCUGCAAUCACUUGCUCCCUUUCUCCAAUUUUUUUUUUUUCCUGUUGCCAAAGACUCGAUUUUUAUUCGAGUGUAGCUUCAAGUGUGCAAGGAAAGAAGUCUCAGCUUUGGACUCUUUGAUUUGUGAGAUGAUGCAUUGAAACUCGAGUGGGCCAACAUCGUCGUCAAUCAGCUGAUUUUGGAGCAAUUGAGAUCUUUGUUUAAUAUCGUCGUGGAGAAUCCAAUCAGGCACAGAUUUGGAAAUCUGAUGCUGUCGUUCCUGAUGUCAUUUUUCCCCUUCGUCCUCUUCCUCUCCAAAUCUUUCCCUCUGCCGCCGUGGCGAGAGCUGCUGUCUCGGUUGCUGCCUUUCUUGGAAAAGUGUAAGCCGAUUGGCGCGCGAAAAAUCGGAGCUUUGCCGCCGCCGCCGUCGAUGAUUCCCAGGAACAAAUGCUCCGGCCAGCGGGCGGAGAACGUGGAGGAGCCGAUGGAGACGUCACUCCUGGAUCUGCCGGAGUUGGCUCUGGAGUGCGUGCUGGAGAAGCUGCCGCCGGUCGGGCUGUCCGCCAUGGCCGCCGUUUGCAGCUCGUUGCGAGAACGGUGCAGGAGCGACCACUUCUGGGAAAAUCAUAUGAGGGAGAAAUGGGGGAGUGUGAUCGGCCCCGCGGAGACCGGAGAGUGGAAGCGCCACCUGGCAUCCUUAACAGACUCUCCCGGCGGCGGCUUCGGCUGCGAGCAUUGGAUCGGGUUGUUGUCCUGCAUCUGGCCGAUUUCCUGGCUCACGAGCAGGAUUGGCAAUGGCAACAAGCUCAAGAACUCUCUACCCGCUGACUCUGUCAUGGCUUGGUAUCAAUCCUUGCAAGGUGGACAGUUCUGGUUCCCUGCUCAGGUUUACAACCGCGAGCAUGGGCAUGUGGGCUUCAUGUUAUCAUGCUAUGAUGCUCAAGUUAGAUAUGAUUGCAGGACAGACACUUUUCUUGCAAGGUAUCCUCCCCACGGCCGAAGAACAGUAGUGACAGAGGAGGGAGUGGAGUGGAAGAGGCUGAGGGCACCUCCCGCGGGUACUUCUGCUCAUGAGCUUCAUAUCUCCGACUGCUUGAGCAAGUUGCGUCCCGGCGAUCACAUUGAAAUUCAGUGGAGAAAGAACAAGGAGUUUCCAUAUGGUUGGUGGUAUGGAGUUAUUGGUCACUCGGAAUCUUGUGAUGGAAAUGAGCAUUUUUGCCAUUGUCAUCUGAGCAAUAGUAUCGUCCUCGAAUUCAACCAGUACACGCCAGGUUCAAAGUGGCGACAAGCGUCCAUUGAUCGAAAGAAUCACAGGGAAGAAGGCAAUGAAACAGAUGGAUUUUAUGGAGGAAUCAGGAAAUUGGAAAGCAAGGAUGAAAUAUCCGAGUGGAGAGAGCUUUGGCCAACUGAUGCUUUGGAGUAGAAGGACCUGAAGUCCCUCAUCAAAUUGAUUGGUAUCUGAAAUGCCUAAAGACUUGUGGUCUUUUUUUAUUUUGGCUGUUGGCAUUCCACAGCUAAUUCUUGUAGUUGGGAACAGAAGAAAUUGAAUGUGAAUGAUGUAUUUAGCUUUAGCUUCAGCUUCUCCUUUUUAAUUGGUGAAAAUUGAAAUCCAAACUUUGCUAUCUUCUCAGACUCGUAGCAGUUUUUGUUGCUCUCUCAAAAGCUUGCUGCAAUUCAGAGCUACAACAUUGGAGGAGGCAAAACGUGAAACAUGAAAAAAGAAAAAGAAGAGCCAUGUUUGUAAGCUCUUUUUUAUUUUUUUUUGGGUUUUUGUAACUUUCAUGUCUAGUGUAAGUUCAACUUGUGUUCGAACAAUAUCAGAUAUUUAUGUCCUCUUCGGACCAUGCAAUGUUGCUUCACAAUAUUUCU